GUGUUCUUCUUCCAUUCGUUGCUGUUCAUCGUUCUUUUGUUUUUUCCUCUGUCUUCUCUUUUCUCGUUCCUGUCGCAUCAUUCGCUUUUCUUUCUCCGUAUUGUCCUCAACGGUGGCGUUCCGUGUGCAGUGUGUGCGACGCCGCUUCCUUCACAACUGCCAUAGAAGCUUCUACCCACGCCCGACGUAGUUCACCUCAGGUCCCUACUAUUUUCUAUUUUUAGGGUGGCAUCUGGUAUAGGGAGUAUAUAUUGCCACGAACUAACUCCCAGACCUCUUCUAUUAUUAUUUUUCCUUUUCCCUAGUUAACACCACAGCCUGCGGCAGAACGGCUGGAAGAGGUGUAACGCUUCAUGCGUCGUGCGAGCGACUCCGCUUUCUCACGCACACCGACAGCCCGCCUUCUUGCUCUUCCCCCUCGCCCCUUCGCCCCCUCCGUCCCACCACAGUUGCAUGGGCGGAACCUCUCCCUCCUCCUUCCUCCCCCGCAGUACCAUAAAGUAAUAAAGUGCGGAGUUGAAUCGAGCACACCCAGCUGCGCACCUUCCCCGCCAAAACGCAAAGGAAGAGUUCGCAGGAGCAGGACGUAGCUACACCCCGCAGCACCGGAGGGGUGAUAGAUUGAAGCCCACCAAUCCCCACAUGCGAUCUACCAAGCGCCUCGAUGCCCCGCACGCGCGGAACCUCACGACGGUGCUCCCGGAGCCUGCCGGCAAACCCAGCGUCGACCUCGACAGCUCUUCCACCGCGUCGGAUCGCCUGGUGAACUCCAGCCGGCUCUGCACUCCGUCACUAAAGCUGUCCCUCACGAUGUGGUGCGGCUCCCGACGUAAGGCGCGCCGCGUUGUCCUCCCGCUCACGCUGCUGACGCUGCUGACGCUGACGGUGCUGUCAUUGUGCGUUGUGAACUGGAUGGCGAUGACGGACGACGCGAGGUAUUCUUGGAACGAUGCGGCGGUGCGAGCGGAGGCGGUUGCGUGGAACGCGACUCUGUCAGUGGCGGUGACGCACGAGGCGCCGCUGACGUGUCUCAACAGCCGCCAGCUGGAGCAACUCGCAGGCCGGUGGUGCGUCGGCGACGGUGAUGCGGCGGUCGCAGCUGCCGUCGUGGACGCUGCGCGUGGUGGAUGCGCUGUGCGACGAGUGCCUGGACAACGCGACGCACGCGGCUGCUGUGGCGCGGCAGCUUGGUGCGUCCACUGCGUCCGCGGACGGCGCGUUGCCCGCUGCGACUGUGUUUGCGACGCCGAGCGCGCCGCUUGGGCUUGCGGGCCCGAUGCUGUUUGCGAUGGCGAGCGUGACGGACGGCGUAGCUGUUGGCGCUGAGCUUGCGCGGUGGAGCUGGGUGCUGCGGUCGUACGCGGUGCGGCGGCAGUUCCGUGGCGCGUCGCCUGUGGGGCUGAGGGGCGGGACGUCGCCGUACCUCGUGGUGCUUGGGAUCCCGUCGACGGACCAGCCGGUGCGGUCGUCGCUGCGUGAUGCACAGCGCGACACGUGGCUGUCGUACGCGGAGGUUGCGCGGAGCGGGAACGACUUCCGCGGUGCGCUGCUGCCGCUGUACAUCUUCGCUGCUGCGGAGCGCGAGCAGCCGCACGCUGUGCUGGACGUGUCGCCGCUGCUGCCGACGGUGGCGGAGUACGAGGCCGCGUCUGCGGUGCUGCUGAGGCCUGGUAGUGCUGCUGGUGCGGUGCGGAGCUACGCUGAGCGUCGCGUGCGGCUUGCGGUUGAUGUUGGCGCUGUGGGCGCCGGUGACGCGCUGCUGGCCGAGUCGCCGUGUGCGGCGAUCGUGUCGAGGCCUGCGACGCCCGCUGCGGGCACCGGCGCGGACGCGACGUGGCUGUCGCAGCUUGCGUCUGCGCUGGCGCUGCCGGUGCGUCCCGCCGCUGUGGCGGCCGCGGAGUUCGUGUGCGGCGCGUCGACUGCGCUGUGGCAGGAGGCGUUGGCGCACCGCAACAUGGUGUGGGUGGACAUGAUGACGGACCGGCGCCCGAGCUCGAAGAAGAAGCUGGGCGAGGGUGGCAACUGGGGCCUGCCGGUGGAGGUUGGGAUGACGCAGAAAACCGUCCUGUGGCUGGAGUACGCCUACCACGCGUUCCCCGAUGUGCCGUACAUCAUGAAGGGCGACGACGACACGUACCUGAAGGUGCCGCAGUUCAUGAGCGACGUCCGUUACAUGCGUGCUGGUUUCAAGGGCAAGCGUGUGCGGAGUCCGCCGGAGGUGCGCGAUGCGGUGGGCGUCGCGGAGACGGAGGAGUGCAUUUACUGGGGCAGCUGGAUGCGUGGUAGUCUCUGGAACUACCUACGCUACCACGAAGGCAGUGGGUACAUGCUGCACCGCCGUCUGGUUCAGGUGGUGCUGGAGGCGACGGACCGGCUGAAUGCGGAGGCGGUGCAUCUGGCGGUGACCCCAUAUAAUGAAUCCCUGAAAGAGGCGUAUGAGGCUCUUGUCAUGGACGUUGAGGACGCUUAUGUGGGCCGCGUGUUGCGAGACAGGCGGGAUCGCAUUCGCGAGGUCUGCCCCUUCCACCGCGCCACGUACGUGGAGGAGGACAAGACGCGCCACUUCGAUCUGGAUAACUACCAUUGGGUACGGUAUUUCUCCGUGCUGAUGCACCACGUCUCCCCCUCUGAUCAGUACUUUUUGCAGUACUUCUUCCGACACGAGCACGCGGUGGCCGCGCUGUCGAAGGUGUGCAAUGACACAGUGGAGAAGCUAGCGACGGCAGCGGCAAGGCGUUGGAUGGCGUUUCAUGUGCCCCACAACCUGACGGGGUACAACAAGGUCCCCAAGGUGCGCUGGACCUACAAUAUGACGCCCAUCGACUCCUUCGUCUCCCCGGGCGACAACGUCAGCGUGUACAGCUUACCGUACGUGGCGUUCGCCUUCGAUGCACUCGAUAAAGCCGUACAAUGCGCGACGCCAACGGAGGGGGUCUAA